GUAAGUAGGGACAAGAUCCUGUCCUUUUUCAAAACACUGCAUUUUUCAUUGGGACAUCAUCCAACUUCUUCAUCAAAUCUUACUAGUCUCUCAAGGCCAGUCGAGGGAGCAAGACCAGGGAGGAGGAAGAAGUGAAGCUAGCAGCAUAUCAGCUGGCUACUAGUCAGUCCUGUGCUGUUUCCCUCUGAGACAGUGACAGUGAAUACGGUCAGAUUGUAUCACACAACAGCAAUGAGUAGUGUGUUGAAGUGGUGUUUAUCUUCCAUGGUUAUCUGCCCAUCUUGGCCAUUGUAUCUGUCACCAGACCACACAUUAAUUUCACACCAUAGCUAAACAAGGCCCCGUUCAUGUAAUGAAUUUUCGGUUUAACAUACUAUGUAAAAUUAGACCAAAAAGUCCGCAUAAUGUACAACCACAUCCAUUUUAGCGAAUUUUCCGUGUUUGAAUUUGCCGGGUGAGGGACCGAACACGGCAGCUUUGCUGUGAUUGGCUGGCUCCCCACCUCUGUCUCUAGUGCUCCUAAGAAGACAAGGAAGGUUCUAAGCCUUCAGGAGAAGGCUGCUAUAAUCAAGAGGUUGGAGGAGGGCGCCAAGCCGUCGAUGCUGGCAGAUAUGAAAUUAAACUUUCACGGUCGCCUGUGUCUACCAUUUGGGGGAAGCGGGACCAGAUAAAAGAAGCCUCAUUGGUCAUCAUUCAGACUGGACAGCUGUAACUCCAGCACAUCCAAGAUCCGAGACUUGACAGGAUGGAGCUGAUGCUGACCAUCUGGAUUGAGGACCGAAACCAGAAACGAAUGCCUGUUAGCCAGGCUUUGAUCAUGGACAAAACACGAUCGCUGUGGGAUGCCAUGAAAAUGGAGGAAGAGGCAGAGCUACAGCCGUCCACCUCAGGGGCACAACCAUCCACCUCAGGACCACACCGGUAUGAGGAAUUCAAGGCCAGCGAGGGAUGGUUUCGGCAGUUUAAGAUGUGGGCGGAGCUCCAUAACAUCAAGAUUACGGGGAAUCGCGCAACUGCUGACGAGGUGGCAGCAGAAGCCAUCCCUGACGAGUUCAAGAAGCUGGUGAGGGAGGGAGGCUACUCACCUCGCCAAGUUUUCAAUGUUGACAAGAUGGGCCUGUAUUGGAAGCACAUGCUCAGCAGAACAUUUGUGGCGAGGGCAGAGAGGUCGGCUCCAGGCUUCAAGGCCGACGAGGGCAGAUUGACGCUGGCGUUGGGUGGCAACAUGGAGGGUGACGUCAAGCUGAAGCCGUUUCUGCUGUAUCACUCAGCCAACCCCAGGGCCCUCAAAGCCAUACCGAAGGACCAUUUACCUGUUGUAUGGCAGGCUAACAAGAAGGCAUGGGUGACAGCAACGAUGUCAAUAAAACACCUUGUUUAUUAA